AUGCCUCGUCUUCUACAUCUCAGGACUUUAUUCCUCGUCGCCUUCAUGUUUCUGACUCUCCAGCUCACGGUUGCCGUUUCUACUCAAGACACUGACUUGAAGACAAUGUUGCUCCGCACGCCAGUCCAUGACCCUGUGGUCUUUGAGCAAGCUCACAAGUACAUUCAGAACAUGCAGUCUAAAGCCCCUUGUCAGCAACUCGCCGCCUCGACGCUCAUUGAUGGUUGCCAGUCACUCGACGUCAUGGGUGCUCAGGCCGCUCGUCUCUCUGGAAAAUCCCUUGAGGAGGUGAAGAAAGAGUAUGCUACCCGCUUGGCCAUCUGCGAACUGCGCGAUAUUGAAGGCGGUGUCCCCGACGAGUGCAUCUUGUUCAACCCUACUGGCCAAGCCUGUGGCAAGCCUCACUCUUGGCUUUCCUUCCAUCCCCGUGCACGUCCAUCUGGGGAAGAUCUCAAAAAUGUCUGCUAUCCCGCUCACACGUCGAAGCACCUGGAAAAUUGUUAUUCAAGGCUUUAUAAAACCCCGCAGAUGUGGGUCAGCCUCAGCAAUGCUCAAAACAACGCUCAUAUCAUCUGCCAGGCCAGUCGAAGUGCAGUUGAAAAUGAUGAACAUCUUAACAUGCUCAAGGAAUCUGUAAAGUCACAGCACCACACGUCAGAAGCGCUGUCUAGAUUGCUUCAAGAGACAGCUUCUCGUCUCGAAGAGCACUAUAAGUUCGUUGAGAUCAUGCGUCAAUUCCAGGCUGAUGUUACUGCGAGCCAAGAGGCCGCCUUGGCUAACGCUGACGGACUCCUUGACCGCCUGAUGGCAAACUUUGGGACCGGAAUCAAUGCUCUCUUUGGUACUGUCGCCGAGAACACCGACAAUGUCUUUAAGAAAACCCGUGCCAGCCUCAAGUCUCUUCAUGAUGAUGCCACCGAGCAUCAUCAGGCACAGGCAGCGUUUCAGGAGAAGUCUCUGAGAGCGCAUCAGGCGCUUGUUGAGGCCGUUGACAACUCGCUAAUCGACAUACGCGAUAUUCACAUGGCAGACAUCAUCAAGCACGCUCAAGAGGCCUACAACUUAAUGACUCAAUCUAUAUUCGGUUCUCAGCAACUUCUGGAAUCACAGCUUGCAUUAAACAUGUAUCAAAACCGCACGCUGGAGGCUUUUGAGAGUCUGAACAAUGACCUAGCUAAUCAACGUAUCCUCAUCGAUGAAAACUCUGGAAGGAUUUCAGCCAUGUCUAUCAUGACUUUGAACGACACUUUCAGGGUCUUCUUGAGUCAUGCCUUUAAUUGGAUAUUCCUCGCCAUUGCCUUACGGAUAGUUUACCCUUACAGCCGCACACUGGCAGCCUAUAUGGGCUGUGGUGGAGUUAUUGCCAUCUUUCUCGACAGCUGGCUUUUGGACUUACUGCAGUCUUCUCCCUCACUGGCAGACUACCCCCAGCUCCAACAAGCUGUCUGGAUUUGCGGCCUCAUCACACUCACGGCGGGCGCCCUUGCUAUCAUCGGCGCGCUGUCUUAUCGGUUCCUCGUGUUGCCGGCCAGAGAUCGCAGGAAUAACUUCAUAAAGUCAAAAUCUGAUGUGGUCCUUGAGUAA